AUGAGGGAUCAAAUGCUGGAAUCGCAAAAAAGUAUGAUGGAAGAGCUAACCCGACUACGGACUAGUAGGACAGAUAAAGGAAAGGGUCCUAUGACCAAUGUUGGAAAUAAUAAUGAAGACUCCCUUUACCCCCCUGGUUUUUAUCCAGUAAACGCUCAAGUGCAACAUGAAAGGCCAGCCGUUACUGAGGAUCCUCUCUACCCCCCUAGUUUCACUCCGAUGAAUACUCAAAUGCCACUCGAACCACACAUGCAAAGGCCGUCUGUGACAAUCAGGCCCCAACAACAACAGGCCGAUACCUCGAUGCCGAUGAACUAUCAGGCUGGUUCAGGUUCUAAUCCGGGGGAUAACCCGAUUAACCCUUGUGUCCCCGAUCUUAAUGAUGUAGUAGAAGCGGAAAAGACAAGGGUGGAGCUUCUGAAAGAACUCGAAGAGCGGUGUAGAUGGUUGGAAGAAAAAUUUAAAGAAAUAGAAAACACUGACUAUCGUGGUGGAAUUGAUGCUAAGGAGUUAAGUUUAGUUCCAAACUUGGUGCUUCCCCUCAAGUUCAAAACUCCAGAAUUUGAAAAAUACAAUGGAACUAGCUGUCCAGAGGCUCACAUCACUAUGUUUUGUCGAAGAAUGGCAGGAUACGUUCACAAUGAUCAACUGUUGAUCUACUGCUUUCAGGACAGUUUGGUCGGGUCUGCGGCCAAAUGGUACAACCAACUAAGCCGUGCUCAAAUUCAUUCGUAGAAAGACUUGGCACAAGCUUUCAUGAAGCAAUACGGCCACGUGACAGACAUAGCACCCGAUCGAAACACGUUACAAAAUAUGGAGAAGAAACAGAAUGAAAGUUUUAGGCAGUACGCCCAAAGAUGGAGAGAGGUGGCGACGCAAGUCCAACCACCUCUUCUGGAGAAAGAAACGACUAUGCUCUUUAUCAACACUCUGAAAGCUCCAUUUAUCAACCACAUGCUGGGAAGUGCUACUAAGAGCUUCUCAGACAUAGUAAUGUCAGGAGAGAUGAUAGAGAACGCGAUAAGAUGUGGGAAGAUUGAAGCAGGAGAAAAUACCAAGAAAUCAAUUCCGAGGAGAAAAGAAAACAAGGUGAAUAACACGAGUGUAUACAAUAAGAGUUAUAACAAGCCUGUCACUGUGAGCCAACUGAUGACGGUGACUAUCAGCCAUCAGGGUUCCGCGAGACAAGAGUCUAACUCAAGGCCUAACACAGAAAGAGUCCAGUUUACGCCUAUCCCAAUGUCCUACAAGGAAUUGUAUCAGAGCUUAUUUGAUGCCCAUGUGGUGUCACCUUUCUACUUGAAGCCUUUACAACCCCCGUUUCCAAAAUGGUACGACACAAACGCCCAAUGUGAGUACCACGCAGGAAUAACGGGGCACUCAAUUGAGAAUUGUACCGCGUUCAAAAAGUUAGUGGAAAACCUCAUCGAAAUGGGUGUCAUAAAGUUUGAUGACUCACCAGGUCCCAAUGUGGCAGGAAAUCCGUUACCCGACCAUACUAAUAAAGGGGUAAACACGAUAGUCGAAAGUGGGAGCAAAAGAAUCAAGAUGGAUGUAUCAGAGGUAAAAACCCCGCUUAAACGAGUUUGGGAGGAGAUGGUGGAAGAAGAGUGCAACAAGUUCAGGUCCAUAGUGCAAAAUCUGAUGGACAAUAAGGAGAUGGAAUUUUAUGAAGAAACCAGAGGAUCAGAGGAAGAAGAGGUGUACGCUACAGAGGAGGGAACAACAGAAGAGGUCCAAAGAGUUAAUUAUCCUGUAGUGAUCAUUUCGAGAUCCAAGAUCAAUGAAGCUGGAGUACAACUGGUGCCAAAAGUUAUAAUCCAAAAAUCGAUAUCCUUCCCAUACAAGGAUAGCAAAAAGGUUCCUUGGAAUUAUGACUGCAACGUGACAAUCCCCGGGGGGGAAAGCCCAGCAAGUGCUUCACAGGAAAACCAAGAUGUAGGUUUCUAUACACGCAGUGGGAAACGUUAUGAUCCUAUGAGUACAAAAAAUGAAACCGUUAAAGAAAAGGCCCUUACGGCUAAGCAAAGGAAGGAGAAGACGGUCAGGUUCGAAUCGCCAGUCAAUGAGUCGGUAACCGAGAAUGAAGCUAGGGAAUUUUUAAAAUUUUUAAAGCACAGUGAGUACAGCGUCGUUGAACAGCUACGUAAGCAACCAGCUCGCAUCUCAGUACUAGUCUUACUGCUGAGCUCGAAAACGCAUCGGAACGCGUUAAUGAAAGUAUUGAAUGAGACUUAUGUCGCGAAUGACAUAUCAGUUAACAAACUGGAUCAUCUGGUUAACAACAUCAGCACUGAUAAUUUUAUUUUCUUUAACGAUGAUGAAAUACCACCGGGAGGUAUAGGGUCUACAAAGGCUGUGCACAUUACCACACGUUGUAAGGGAUUCACAUUGCCGGGGGUAUUGAUUGAUAAUGGAUUGGCACUAAACAUCUUACCUCUAUCCACAUUAAAUAGGUUACCCGUAGAUAGUUCCCAUAUGAAAGCAUGUCAAAAUGUGGUGAGGGCGUUCGAUGGUACCAAAACGAAAGUAAUGGGAAGGAUUGAAAUACCCCUUUUAAUUGGCCCUAGCACGUACGAGAUAGACUUCUUGGUAAUGGACAUCAGGCCCUCUUACAAUUGCUUGUUGGGAAGGCCCUGGAUUCACUCAGCGGGGGCAGUGCCGUCAUCGUUACAUCAAAAGCUCAAAUUUAUAACUGAAGGUCGAUUGGUGGCGGUAAAUGCGGAAGAAGAUAUCAUUGCAUCCGUUACUAGUAAUGCACCGUAUGUGGGGACAAAUGAUAAAGCCAUAGAGUGUUCUUUUCGGUCGUUAGAAUUUGUAAAUGCGACCUUUGUUGUCGAAGGAAAGAAGUUCUCGACGCCCCGAAUCUCUAAAACAACAAGAAUAGGCCUACAACUGACGGUUGGGAAAGGAGAUUUGCCAGGGAAAGGGUUUGGAAGAAGCCUACAAGGGAGGGUUGAAGCACCUAUGCUCAUGGACAAACGAGACCGCUUUGGCUUAGGAUUCAAGCCAGAUGACUUUAAAAAUGACAGAGACUGUAACCUAUCCCCUGAUUUGUUAAGAAUGGUAGAACAAGAAGAGAAACAAAUUCUACCUCACAGAGAGUCAUUAGAAGUCGUGAAUUUGGGAGAUGAACUAGAAAAGAAAGAAGUAAAGAUCGGAGUUGGCAUUACCACGGAGACAAAGCGGGAGCUUAUUGAGUUACUCAAAGAGUUCAAGGAUGUCUUUGCAUGGUCGUAUCAAGAAAUGCCUGGGCUAAGUACUGAUAUCGUGGUACACAGGCUUCCCAUUAAAGAAGAAUGCAAGCCAGUUCAACAGAAACUCCGAAGGAUGAGGCCAAAUGUUUUGUUGAAAAUAAAAGAGGAAAUCAAGAAGCAAUUCGAUGCUGGUUUCUUACAAGUGGUUAAGUACUUAGAAUGGGUAGCCAAUAUCGUCCCUGUCCCUAAAAAAGAUGGAAAGGUACGAAUGUGUGUAGACUAUAGAGAUCUGAACAGAGCUAGCCCGAAGGAUAAUUUCCCAUUGCCUCAUAUUGACACUUUAGUGGAUAAUACGGCAUGUUACUCAUUGUUCUCCUUUAUGGAUGGUUUCUCAAGGUACAAUCAGAUCAAGAUGCAUCCCGAAGACAUGAGUAAAACCACAUUUGUGACCAUGUGGGGAACUUUUUGUUAUAAGGUGAUGCCUUUCGGAUUGAAGAAUGCGGGAGCAACAUAUCAGAGAGCCAUGGUAACCCUGUUCCAUGAUAUGAUGCACAAAGAAAUUGAAGUCUAUGUUGACGACAUGAUCGCUAAAUCCCAUAUAGAAGAAGAGCAUGUGCAAGUCUUGACGAAAUUAUUUUUGAGGUUGAAAAAGUUCCAACUGAAACUCAAUCCAGCAAAAUGUACCUUUGGGGCCAGGUCAGGGAAACUGCUAGGAUUCGUAGUCAAUGAAAAAGGGAUUGAGAUUAACCCAGAUAAAGUCAAAGCCAUACAAGAGUUACCUCUGCCACGUACUCAAAAAAAAGUUCGGGGAUUCUUAGGGAGACUAAAUUAUAUCGCUCGGCUUAUUUCACAACUAACCGAGAAAUGUGACCCCAUAUUUCGCCUCCUCAAGAAACAUAACCCUGGUGUUUGGGAUAUGGAGUGCCAUAAGACUUUUGACAAGGAUAAGCAAUAUUUGUCUAAUGCCCCAGUGCUGACACCACCUAGUCCAGAUAAACCACUGAUACUGUAUAUGACAGUAUUUGAAAAUUCUACAGGAUGUGUGCUCGGCCAACACGAUGGGUCAGGAAGGAAAGAAAGAGCGAUAUAUUACCUCAAUAAGAAGUUCACUGAAUGUGAGACGAGGUACUCGCCAAUUGAAAAUUUGUGUUGUGCCUUAAUUUGGACAACCCGACGACUGAGACAAUACAUGUUGUAUCACACAACUUGGCUGAUUUCUAAAUUGGAUCCUCUGAAGUACUUGAUGGAAUCAACUGCUUUGAACGAAAGAAUGGCCCGAUGGCAAAUUCUGCUUUCCGAAUUUGACAUCGUCUAUGUAAAUCAGAAAGCUGUAAAAGGGAGCGCAAUAGCAGAUUUUCUAGCCAAUAGAGCUCUAGAAGACUACGAGCCUCUGAACUUUGAUUUCCCAAAUGAAGAUCUGAUGUACGUAGCAACCACUAAAGAAGACCAUCAAGAAGGUCAUCCUUGGAAACUAAACUUCGAUGGAGCAUCAAAUGCUGUGGGUAAUGAAAUUGGGGCAGUUUUGGUAUCCCCAGACGGAGAUCAUUAUCCCUUCGCUAGUAAAUUAGAUUUUGACUGUACAAACAAUAUGGCAGAAUACGAAGCAUGCAUCAUGGGCAUCCAUGGAGCCAUAGAACGCGAGAUUAAAAUACUAGAAGUAUACGGAGAUUCUGCGCUAGUGAUUUAUCAACUCAAAGGUGAAUGGGAGACGAGAGAUCCCAAGUUGAUCAAUUACAGAAAUCUAGUCCUUGAAUUGAUUUAAGAAUUUGAUGAUAUCGUCUUCUACUAUCUCCCCCGAGAAGAAAAUCAGAUGGCCGACGCCCUAGCAACUCUAGCCUCUAUGAUCAAGGUGAACAAACAAGAAGAUAUGAAAUCGAUCCAAAUGAGUAUUUACGAGGCUCUAGCUUAUUGUUACAACCUUGAAGAAGAAGUAGAAAAUGAUGAUCAUCCUUGGUACCACGAUAUCCUGCGGUAUGUGAAGAAUCGUGAGUACCUCGACCAAGCUACUGAAAAAGAAAAAAGAAUGUUGAGAAGACUGGUCAGCGACUAUGUCUUGGACGAGGAGAUUCUAUACAAAAGAAGGAAGGAUCAAGUACUGUUAAGAUGUGUAGACGCUAUUGAGGCCAGGAAAAUCUUGGAAGAAGUUCAUGAGGGCGUCUGUGGAACACACGCUAACAGCUUUACAAUAGCUAGGAAAAUUAUGAGAUUUGGUUAUUAUUGGUCCACCAUGGAAGGAGACUGUAUUAACUAUGCCAAAAGAUGUCAUAAGUGCCAAAUCUAUGGGGACAAGAUUAACGUGCCUCCCUCACCUCUGCAUGUUAUGACUUCUCCAUGGCCUUUUUCGAUGUGGGGCAUGGAUGUGAUUGGGCCAAUUUCACCAAAAUCUUCAAAUAGACAUCGAUUCAUCUUUGUGGUUAUCGAUUAUUUCACCAAGUGGGUGGAGGCCGCUUCGUAUGCUAUUACAAAAUCAGCAGUUAGCAAGUUCCUAAAGAGAGAGAUUAUCUGUCGUUAUGGAACUCCAGAAAAGAUCAUAUCUGACAAUGCAUUGAAUUUGAACAACAGUACAAUAGCAGAGGUCUGCAGUCAGUUCAAGAUCAGACACCACAACUCGUCGCCGUAUCGCCCGAAAAUGAAUGGUGCAGUCGAAGCAGCCAAUAAGAAUAUCAAGAAGAUUGUAGGAAAGAUGACUGAAACUUACAAAGAUUGGCAUGAGAAAUUACCGUUCGCCCUCUAUGCUUAUCGAACAUCCAUCAGGACCUCUACUGGUGCAACUCCUUUCUCAUUAGUUUAUGGAAUGGAAAAGGUUUUAUCCAUCGAGGUUGAGAUUCCUUCUCUCAGAGUUUUGACAGAAGUAAAGCUAGAUGAGGUAGAGUGGAUCCAGUCUCGAUACGAUCAGUUGAAUUUGAUCGAAGAAAAGAGGCUAAAGGAAAUUCGUCAUGGUCAAAUGUACCAGAAAUGGAUGAUGCAAGCCUACAACAAGAAGGUUCGUCCCAGAGAAUUCCACGAAGGAGACCUGGUAUUAAAAAAGAUCUUGCCUAUACAAAAGGACUUCAGAGGAAAAUGGAUGCCAAAUUGGGAAGGACCUUAUGUGGUGAAGAAAGCUUUUUCUGGAGGAGCAUUGAUAUUGACUGAAAUGGAUGGCAAGACUUUGCCCAAUCCUGUGAAUUCAGACUCGAUCAAGAAAUACUUUGCCUAA